UCCUGUAUCCUGUAGUUGUUUCCUCCACAUAGCAGGGCCAGUGGGGAUGGACAUAAGGUACAGCUGUGACAUGAGAAAGACCUGACGGUGUUGUAUCGAAAAGACUUGGAGUACCUGAAGAAUGAACAACAGUCAGCAGGAAACGUCAGCAGACAUCCAGGAGACAGAGUUUGGAGGUCCUGCCGUCUCUAAACAGAGGAGGGUCAUCCACUUCUCCAACGGUGAAACUCUGGAGGAGGAAGACAGUGAGGAAGAAGAGGAAGAACAGUCAUCAGACACAGACAGACCUCCCUUCAGAGAACCUGCAAAGAGGGCUAGGUUCUCAUUUAAGACUGUGGCCGUUCUGAUUGGGAGGAUUUCACUGCUGACUUGUGAUUUCCUUGGAGAGAGACUAGCUGGUGCACUAGGACUGAAUGCAGCCAAAUACCAGUACGCCAUAGAUCAGUAUCACCGGGACCACAAGACAACGAGCAGCCAAACCACAGGCGACCAUCUCACGGCAGGACAGGCAGAGGCGACCCACCUCUCUCCUCAAGUGGAUGGGAGUCAUUAUGGAGCUACAGGAAACGUAAGAUGCCCUGCCGAUUCCCAGGAAUGCCGUGAUGAGAAACAUAUGGACAGAAAAGAAGGAUGUCACAACAGAGGGUAUCAAGCAGAUGACGAGUAUGCUGAAUAAAAUCAAAGGAAUGAAAGCAACGUGGGUUAUGAUUUGAUGUGAAAGCGUCUGAUUAAAGUGCACUGUGUAAGAAUGGCAGUGUUGUUUUAAUGUUACAUCCAAACUACGUGAAGAACAAAACUCACAAACUUAAAGAGAUAUAUUUGUGUGGCCGCUGCUGUGAUGCAACUGUAACAAUAAAGAUAUACUAAUAAGAGAAACUACUUCUAUUCCUAUUUGCUGUUAACAUAACAUUAAAAGGAGAUGAAUGAA